CUCUGCUGACGGGUGCCGUGGCGGGAGAGGGCAGCUCAUCCCGGGCAGUGAGCCACUGGCUUUCUUGGGUAGCAAGGUGUAGCGAGGGGACGUUGAAAGGACACGCGAUGCACGGCCUGCUUUCUCGGGAGCCCUUUGGGUUGAGGACAUUAUCAGCAGUGGGAGGGACUUUACUGGAGACUUCUCACUGUCAGAGCCUUAAAACAUCACAGGCGGGGUAUUUUAUCACCGAGGCAGAGCGAAAGGGUUGUAGCCCUAGCAGAGUUCUGAGACUAUGUGCCCUAAGUUCUUACAGGGACGGGGGUCUGUACUGAGCGUCCCUCUCACGCCCCAACCACGCCCGCAGGGCUGAGCGCCAGGCCUUGAACCCUUGGGAGCUCAGCGAAUGCUUGUUGAUCAACCAAUUGCAGGUGGCAUGGCCCAGGGCUUGAUUGAGGUGGAAAUAAAGUUCAUUCCAGGGCCUGGCACAGAGGAGCGGCUCCAGGAGUUGGGGGGCACCCUGGAGCACCGGGUCAUCUUCCGAGACACCUACUAUGACACCCCUGAGCUGAGUCUCAUGCGGGCUGACCACUGGCUGCGACAACGAGAGGAUAAUGGAUGGGAGCUCAAAUGUCGUGGAGCAGCAGAUGUCUUAGGACCCCACACUCAGUAUAUGGAACUCACAGCUGAAUCUGCAAUUGUGGCCCAGCUCUGUGAGGUGCUGGAGACUGAGGGCCUGGGGGCUGGGGGUGUGGCUGCUGUGCUGGGCCCACUAGGGCUGCAGGAAGUAGCUAGUUUUGUGACUAACCGGAGUGCCUGGAAGCUGGUGCUCUUGGGAGCUGAUGAAGAGGAGCAGCCGCUCAGGGUGGACCUGGAUACAGCUGACUUUGGCUACGCUGUGGGUGAGAUAGAGGCCCUGGUGCAUGAGGAGGCUGAAGUACCAACUGCCCUAGAGAAGAUCCACAGGCUCAGAAACAUGCUUGGUGUGCCAACACAGGAGACAGCACCUGCCAAGCUGAUCGUGUACCUACAGCGCUUCCGGCCUCAAGUCUAUCAGCGCCUGCUAGAAGUGAACAGCUCCAGCCAGAGAGAGGCCACAGGGGACUAAACAUCCUGACAGCAGCCUGGGCUAAGGGUGUCACUUCCUAGAAGAUGACCAAGGAGGAUUAGAAGCCAGCUUCAUUUCAAUGAACAGUGGGUGGGAGGCUCGCACCAUGGAUGAGGGACACAGGUGAGGAUGAGACCCUUGUAUCUAGAAAAGGGCAUUUGAGAGGGCAGGGGUUUGGGUCCUACACUGCAGCAGAAUGCCGGACGCACCUCAUGUGGUCAUACUUCCGGAAGAGUGCAUUAUACUCCACAGCCCGCUGCUGCAGCUCCACGUCUAGGCAGCUCCCGUAGAUAGACACCACCUGGCGGAUACGGCUGGCCCACAGUGCAGGGUGUGAGUGGCAAUGGCAGUUUGCCUUGCCCUUCCACUCCAGGAUGUGGCAGAGAAGGGAAAGGCCCCACACAAGCAGGGAGAUACCCGAGAUCUGGCUCAAAAGCAAGAAGCUAAGGACUGAGUUGUCUAGGGGGUUGGUUAGGGAUAUGAAUUCCUAAAGAGACGCUCAAACUGGUGGGCGCAGCGAAAGAAUAUCUCUCAAGAGGCUGGGACCCCUACAUACUUGUUGUCGCCACGGAGCCGGGUGCUCAGCUUCAUGAGGGCUGUGAGGGCAUAUCCUCGAGUGGCUGGCAGGGACAUGUGGGACUGCAGUACCCUUUCCAGCAGUGCUAACACCUCCUCUUCUUCCACCUUCAGGCAUGGACACAGGUAGUGACCCCGGAGCCAGUCCUGCCUCCUCUGAUGAGUCCCUCCCCAGUGUACCCCCAAUGCAGCUCUCACCUGAAGGGGUUCAGUAUCCUCACAGUUUCCCUCCAGCAGGAGGUCCCCGUAUUCCCCGAUGCACCAGGCUGCCACCUGUACCAGCGGUUGCUGUGUGGGAUAGGAAACACUGCUGGGCCCGUGUCUGGGGUCCCCUCCUCACUUCCAGACUCUGAGACAUCUCUUUAAGACAGUGCAGAGACCAGGCGGACUGGAGGGGUUGGGAAAGGGAAGUUUGUUACCUGGCUCUGUACCAGUGCCUGGGCUCCCGCUGCCCUCUGGUGGCCAAGCGUCAGAACUACAUGGCCUAACCACACAGGAUGGAGUUGUGAGAGGGGUCCUCCCUUCAAGAAGGGGUGGAUGGUUUCUGCCCACCCUACUUAAUAUGGAAAAGGGGGCCAUAGAUACUGGCUGGAGAUACUCAGCCUUCAAGGUAAUAAUAAAACCCAAUACACAGAAA